AUGUCCAUAUCAGCCCUGUUCAUUUUAGACGCAAAAGGGAGGACGGUGAUCAGUCGAAAUUACCGAGGGGAUGUUCCCAUGACUGCGGUCAACCAAUUUGUGACCAAAAUCACCGAAGAGGAAGAAAUCAAUUUGUGUCCGGUCCUUUUAAUCCAAGACGUCACUUACAUGUACAUUCGUCACAACAACUUAUACUUCAUGGCGUUCACCGAUCAGAACAUCAAUUCCUUAUUAGUCGUUUCCUUUUUGUCGAAACUCGUCGAUGCUCUUAAAAGUUACUUCUCUGUUGUGACUGAAGAGACCAUCCGUGACAAUUUUGUUGUCAUCUACGAGCUCCUCGACGAAAUGAUCGACUACGGGUAUCCUCAAAUCACCGAGACAAAGGUCUUACAGAACUACAUCACACAAGAAAGCCAUAGAAUGGACAUGAAAGAAGUCCAGUCCCUUCUACCCGUCGUCACUGGUGCUGUAUCAUGGAGAACACCUGGUAUUAAGUAUAAGAAGAAUGAAGUCUUUGUUGAUGUCAUCGAAAAGGUUAACGUCUUAGUCUCACAAAAUGGGUCGCUUCUCCGAUCGGAAGUCCUCGGGACAAUUAAACUGAACUCGAAGUUAUCUGGGAUGCCCGAGUUACGACUUGGUCUCAACGAGAAGAUUAACAUAGGGAGUCGAAUGGAAGGGAAUACGGUCCAGAAACGCGCUGAGAUGGAUGACGUGAGUUUCCAUCAGUGUGUUCGUAUGAGCAAAUUUGAUAACAACCGAAUCAUAGGGUUUGUCCCUCCCGACGGAGAGUUUGAGUUGAUGAAUUACAGACUGACGUCCAAUGUUCGACAACUGAUUUGGGUCGAGUCGGUCAUUGACAGGAAAAAGAGAAAUCGUAUUGAAAUACUUAUCAAAGCUAAAAGUUUCUACCGAGAGGCAAUCAACGCGAAUAACGUUCAAAUUCGAGUCCCCGUCCCUUCGGAUGUGUUUAACCCACAAUUCAGAUCAUCAAAUGGAACGUGCACAUACGAACCACAAGAAGACUGUGCACUGUGGAGUAUCAAAGUCUUCCCAGGAAAUCAUGAAUACAUGAUGAGAGCUUCCUUUGAGUUGCCCUCGAUCAGAGACGAAGAGACGGACAAAGAAAAGAAGCCCAUUCGAGUCAACUUUGAAAUUCCGUAUUAUACCGUCUCUGGGCUACAAGUCAGAUACUUGAAAGUCGUUGAAAAAAGUGGCUAUCAGUCAUUCCCUUGGGUGAGAUAUAUGACGUUCGCAGGAGACUAUUGCUUCAGAACAUAA